AUGGCCAAUUUAAUUCGGGCGGCCUCUCGGUAUUGCCUGAUGAGCGUGAAGGGAUGCUUCACCGAUUUUCACAUUGAUUUCGGAGGCACUUCGGUGUGGUACCACGUUUUCCGGGGAGGAAAGAUCUUUUGGCUGAUUCCUCCCACGUUGCAGAACCUAGAACUCUACGAGGAAUGGGUUGUCUCCGGGAAGCAGAGUGACAUUUUCCUGGGGGACCGCGUGGAGCUGUGCCAAAGAAUCGAAUUGAAGCAAGGACACACUUUCUUCAUUCCUUCAGGCUGGAUACAUGCGGUUUACACCCCCGUGGAUUCCUUGGUGUUUGGUGGAAAUAUCUUGCAUAGCUUUAAUGUUCCCAUGCAGCUUCGCAUUUAUGAAAUUGAGGACAGAACAAGGGUACAAGCCAAGUUCCGCUACCCGUUUUACUAUGAAAUGUGUUGGUAUGUUUUGGAGAGAUACGUAUUCUGUCUAACGCAGCGCUCUCAUUUCAGCAAGGAGUAUCUACAAGAAUCAAUGUUAAUUGAUACCUCCAGGAAACGUAGCUUGGAUAGUUUCUCGUCCGAUUCCUGGGGAGACAUGGAUGAGGACUCGUGCGAUGUUCGUGCUCAGGAAGACAAGGAUAACAGUCCCGACAAAGUCCCCAAGAUCUUGUCCGACGUCCCGUCUUCUCCUAACAGCACACACUCGGAGGGGAAGGAGACAUUGGGGAAGAAGCCAAAAUCGCGCUUCUUCAAAAGGGCUCUGUCCAACGAGUCGGAGGAAAGUAUAAAGUCAGCCACGGUGGACUAUUCGAAGACUCCCACUGGGUCUCCUGCCACGGAGGUGCCUGCCAAGUGGACUCACUUGACCGAAUUUGAGCUGAAAGGUUUGAAGGCCCUGGUGGAAAAACUGGAAUCCCUUCCGGAGAACAAGAAAUGUGUCCCCGAAGGCAUUGGCGAUCCUCAAGCUCUCCUGGAAGAUAUGAAGAACAUCCUGAAGGAACAUGCAGAGGAUGACCAGAAUUUGGCCAUAUCUGGGAUUCCCGUGGUAUCCUGGCCUAAGAAAAACGCAAAGAACCGGGCAGUUGGGCGUCCGAAGGGGAAACUGGGCCCUUCCUCGGCUGUGAAGCUUGCGGCGAACCGGACGACUGCAGGCGCACGUCGGAGGAGGACGCGAUGUCGCAAGUGCGAGGCCUGCCUGAGGACAGAGUGCGGCGAAUGUCAUUUCUGCAAGGACAUGAAGAAGUUUGGGGGGCCUGGCCGCAUGAAACAGUCCUGCAUUAUGAGGCAGUGCAUCGCGCGCUUGAAAUCUGAUAAAGGAGAUUUUGAGAAAGAGGAUAUAAAGUUUGCUUGUGUGUUUUGUCUCUUUCUGGCGUACAAGCAAAAGCGGGGCCCCGGGUUCAAAUACGCCUCCAACCUGCCCGGCUCUUUGCUCAAAGAGCAGAAGAUCAACCGCGAGAACAAGGAAGUCGUCCCCGAGAUCCCCAAGAGGAAAGUCGAGUGCGAGGAAUCGCCUCGCAAGAAAUCCGACGAGCGCUCCCCGAAGCCCCCCCUGGACCCUCUCUUGAGGAGGAAGUCCUCGGAGGAAGCCCACCUGCGCCGCAAGCGGAAAUUGGAUAAACCCCAAGAACCGGCGUUGAGGAAGCGGCUAAAACUGGGGAAAGAAGAAAAGCUGUUCAGGAAAAAGAGGCGCUCCUGGAAGACCCCCGAUGACCGGGUGGCCGCCAUCAAACCCCUGAGGCGCUUCAAGCAAGAAGGCGGGGAGGCCUUCCCGGAGGAAGCUCCCAAAACCAAGGAGAGCGACCAGUCGCGCUCGAGCUCACCCACCGCGGGGCCAAGUUCGGAAGGCGCCGAGCCCCGGGAGAAGAAGAAGUUCAAGAUCCGUCGGAAAGCUCGGCUGCCCAACAAGGAGCUGAGCAAGGAGCUGAGCAAGGAGCUCAACCAGGAGAUCCAGAAGACCGAGAACAGCCUGGCCAACGAGAACCACCAGCCCAUCAAGUCGGAGCCGGAGAGCGAGACCGAGGAGGACAAGCACCACCUCGGCCCGGAGCAGCCGCACCCCCUUGCCAAGGGCUUCAACGGGACGCCGCGGGAACUCCGCCACCAGAUCCUCUCCAGCCUCCGCAGCGGUGGCGGCGCCACCACUCCCACCCCCAGGGCCAUCGCCCGGCCCCCGCCUUCCCUCUCGCCCCCCAAGUGCAUGCAGAUGGAGCGGCACGUGGUGCGGCCACCCCCCAUCAGUCCCCCGCCCGACUCGCUCCUGCUGGAUGACGGAGGGGCCCACGUGAUGCAGAGGGAGGUGUGGAUGGCUGUCUUCAACUGCCUCCGACCCGGGGAACUCUGCGUCUGCAUGAGAGUGUGCCGGACCUGGAAUCGGUGGUGCUGUGAUAAAAGGCUGUGGACCAAAAUAGACCUCAACCAUUGCAAAUCCAUCACUCCCUUGAUGCUGAGCGGUAUCAUCAGAAGGCAGCCGGUCACGUUAGAUCUCAGCUGGACAAAUAUCUCCAAAAAGCAGCUCAGCUGGCUUAUUACCCGGCUUCCAGGUCUCCGGGAUCUGCUUUUGGCUGGCUGCUCGUGGAUCGCCGUGUCCGCACUUUGCAGCUCCAGUUGUCCCCUUCUUCGAACUCUGGACAGCCAGUGGGUGGAAGGCCUGAAGGAUGCCCAGAUGCGAGACCUUCUGUCCCCACCAACUGACAACCGGCCAGGCCAAAUCGACAACCGAAGCAAGCUACGGAACAUCACCGAUCUCCGCCUGUCCGGCUUGGACAUCACGGACGCUUCUCUGCGCCUGAUUAUCCGGCAUAUGCCUCUCCUGUCCAAGCUUAAUCUCAGCUACUGUAAUCACAUGACGGACCAGUCCAUCAAUCUGUUGACGGCGGUGGGGACUACCACGCGGGACUCCCUAACCAAGGUUAUUUUGAAAGACUGCAACAAGGUGACGGAUCAGUGCCUGUCGUACUUCAAGCGCUGCGGGAGCAUCUGCCACAUCGACCUCCGCUACUGCAAGCAGGUCAGCCGGGAGGGCUGCGAACAGUUCAUCGCUGAGAUGUCGGUCAGCGUCCAGUUCAGCCAAACGGAAGAGAAACUGCUGAAGAAGCUGAGUUAGUAUUUGCAAGGACAGAGUUGUAAAUAGAGGCGAUGAAAGCCAGGGGGGAGUGGGGAGAGGAGGGGGGGGGCAAAAAGGACCCCAAGGAAGAUGCUUCCAUCCUCCGGACCCCACGGGAAUCUACGGCACCCAGGUUAGCCAUUUGGUGCUCCGCUGAGCCACGUGCACCUCGUGUGCUGGGAAAGAUAGGGACGCGCCAACUCAGAACUGCGGCUGGAGCGUGGGGACGCCCGCGAAGACUUUCGGCAGGCCUCCGAAGCAGAACGUUCCUUCUGCGCUGAUGAAGGUGGGCCCGUCCCCUGCUGGGUUUUUUCUGCCUACGGGACUGUGGUUGUUGGUUGUUGUU